AUGCCCCCACAACCCCCCAAGCCAACAAUCAUCCCAUCAACCCACACAAAAGCCACACCCCCAGAAUCCUUCCCAACCUCAGAAUAUGGCACCCUGACUUGGCACACCCUCCUCUCAACACCAACAACGCAAACCUCAGACCUCAGCGCCGGAAUCGCAGUCUGCCCGAUGGGGACAGGCCAUCUCUGCGCACACCGACAUACCCAGGCGGAGAUAUACUACAUUCUUGAGGGAGAGGGCGACGUCACGAUUGAUGGGGUUGUUAGUCGGGUCGGCAAGGGGGAUACGGUGUUUAUUCCCUCUGAUGCGGAGCAUGGGAUUGUUAAUACGGGACCUAGGGAAUUGAGGUGGUUUUACGUUUUUCCGACAGCGUCUUUUGGGGAUGUUGUUUAUCGGUUUUCUGGGGAGGGAAAGGCGAAUUUGUAG